AUGAACCCCGUCGACGCCGUCGCGCCUCCGCCCGUGAAGUCCGAUCGUUACAGGACCCUCACCCGCGCCCUCCUCCGCAGGAGCCGCCGCCGCACGAAGCGGAGGUUGCUGCGGUCCGCCGGCGGCCCCGGAGAGGGAGAUGACGGCGCGCUUUACGGUGACGGCGUCGGGGACGGCCGUUCGUUCGGCGGCGGCGGGGGCGGAGGUGGUGGUGGUCAGGGGUGGAAUUUCGACGGGUUCGGGGGGCAAAGCUGGGACGACUCGUCGCGGUGGCCGUGCUGGGGUUCCGGCUUUGCGUUCGAUUUCAUCUAUGAGGUGAUUUAUUGGAUCGCGCUCUCGAAGUGCACGCACUUCGCGUUCAAGAGGGUGGCGAGGAUCGUGGCGGAGACGAUGAUUGGCAACGUGCGGCCAGAGAAGGUUCCGGUGAGAUUGACGACGGCCAUGUGCUGA